UUAGAGGAGAGGUUGUGCACGAACAGGGAAGCAGCAGAAGUUUCUGUCUCCGUUCUCCGGACUUCCAGAUGAAAGGGGCAGGCGACAGGCGCGGGACCGGAUCCGCCUAUCAGCGGCGCAUGCAUAGCGUUGCCUUUUACACACCACUAGUUACUGGUUACUAAGAGAGCAUGACUAACUAGUUGUGGGUGAAAUUAUGGGAUGCAUCGCCAUGGCAACAGACCAGACGUCACAAUCUGGGCAUGUGUGUUCCAUUUUUGUCUUUCUUAUUUUUCAGACUGGAAGACCUGGAUAGAGAUCAGUAGAAAUUAAUAUAAUUUAUAUAAUUUUUUUUUUUAAUUAAAUGUUUUUACUCUUGGAGAAAAAUCCUCAGAUUUACUACAAAAUAAUAUGUAAUUUUUUUUUUUAUUUUUUUUUUAUUUUUUUGGUGGAAUAGCCUACAUUUGUGUUUGGGUGAAGAAAGAGACUGGGCUGCGGCGUCUGGAGGGUUAACUUUCAGUAUUCUCAGCCUAAAAGGGGUUCGGGGGGCUAUGAGAUAAAGAUGCCGGGGUCGCUGAGUAAUGAAGACGAGGGACAAGACGACAUGGAUUUUGAAGACGAUAUGCCAGAUGAGGAUGACGAUGGGGAGCGCAACGCUGUCCCCCUCACGCCCCUCGACAGCUUCUUCUCUGACAACGACUCCCUCAAACAACAAAAGAAGAAGAAGCCCAAAAAGAUGAAAGAGGGGAAAAUGCCCAAAGUUAAGAAGAGGAAAAAGGAGGGAGGAAUCCAGUCACGGGUUGACAGCGACCUGGAGGAGACCUCAGAGGUGGAGGAGGAACGGGAACGUCCGGAAGUCGGCUCUGAGAGCGAGAACAGCACGUACGGCCCAACCAAAAAGAAGAAGAAGAAACCGAAAGAGAAGAAGCCCAGGAAGAAGAAGAGAGAGGAGGAAGAUGACGACGAUGACAAUGACGAUGGGAACCUAAAAGAACCCAAAUCCUCCAGCCAACUGAUGCAAGAGUGGGGUCUGGAAGACGUUCAGUAUGGCUUCACCGAGGACGACUACAAAACCAUCACCAACUACAAAGCUUUCAGCCAGUUCCUCAGGCCUCUCAUUGCCAAGAAGAACCCGAAGAUUCCCAUGUCAAAGAUGAUGACAGUGUUAGGGGCCAAGUGGCGAGAGUUCAGCGCCAACAACCCCUUCAAAGGCGCAUCUGCCACCGCUGUGGCCGCCGCUGUGGCUGCCGCCGUGGAAACGGUUACCGUGGCUCAGCCAACGGCCGUCGGCAGUGGCCAUCCGAGUCCUCAGCUGGGGCCAAUCAAAAAAGCCAAAACCAAAGAGGGAAAGGGACCAGGAGUCAGAAAGAGAAGCAAGUCUGUGAAGGAGGUCAAGAAGAAACCCAAGCCGAAGAAGACCAAAUCAAAGUCGGGCCAAAGUGGGAAGAAGAAGAAAGCAUCCUCGAGUGAGGAGGACUUCCUGGAGGAAUCCGACUUUGAUGACAUCAGCAUCCACAGUGCCUCUGUGCUUUCUGACACCUCGGGGGCCGCCACCAAGAAAAAGGCUCGACGUGGGCGGAAAAAAAGGAAAAAAGAAGAUGGGGACGGUUAUGAGACGGACCACCAGGACUACUGUGAGGUUUGCCAGCAAGGGGGAGAGAUCAUCCUGUGUGACACCUGUCCCAGAGCGUACCACCUGGUCUGUCUGGACCCGGAGCUGGAGAAGGCUCCCGAGGGCAAAUGGAGCUGCCCACACUGUGAGAAAGAGGGUAUCCAGUGGGAGGCCAAAGACGAUGAGGAGGAGGAGGAGGAGGAGGAGCCGGCAGGCGAGGAAGAGGAUGACCACAUGGAGUUUUGCAGAGUGUGUAAAGAUGGAGGAGAGCUGCUGUGUUGCGACACCUGCCCAUCUUCCUACCACAUCCACUGCCUGAACCCCCCUCUCCCCGAGAUCCCCAACGGGGAGUGGUUGUGUCCACGCUGCAUGUGCCCUCCCCUCAAAGGUAAGGUCCAAAAGAUUCUGCACUGGACAUGGGGGGAACCCCCGUUGCCGGCUGAACCGCCGGCAGGCCCCGACGGCAACCCAACCGAUCCGCUGACCAAGCCUCCACUCAAGGGCCACCCAGAGAGGGAGUUCUUCGUAAAGUGGGCCGGCCUUUCGUACUGGCACUGCUCCUGGGUCAGCGAGCUGCAGUUGGAGCUGUACCACACGGUCAUGUAUCGGAACUACCAGCGUAAGAACGACAUGGACGAACCUCCGCCGUACGACUACGGCUCCGGAGAGGAGGAGCUCAACAGCGAGAAGAGGAAGAGCAAAGACCCCCACUAUGCUGGGAUGGAGGAGCGCUUCUACCGCUAUGGCAUUAAACCAGAGUGGAUGGUCAUCCACCGGAUAGUGAACCACAGUUAUGAUACGGAUGGGGAUGUGCAUUACCUGAUGAAGUGGAGAGACCUGCCCUACGACCAGUGCACCUGGGAAGUGGAUGAUUUUGACGUUCCAGAAUAUGACAGCCAUAAAGCUUCUUACUGGGACCACAGGGAGCAAAUACUAGGGGAGGACCAACGCCCCCUGGUGGUGAGGAAAGGAAAGAAACUCAAAGAGGACCAUCCAAAGAGAGAGGUCCCUCCUGAUGCUCCCAUCAUAGAUCCGACCAUCAAGUUUGAGCACCAGCCGUGGUACAUCAACGCCACGGGGGGGACGCUGCACCCGUACCAGCUGGAAGGCCUGAACUGGUUGAGGUUCUCCUGGGCACAGGGCACAGACACCAUCCUGGCCGAUGAGAUGGGCCUGGGGAAGACGGUGCAGACCAUCGUGUUUCUCUACUCACUCUAUAAGGAGGGCCACUCUAAGGGGCCCUUCUUGGUGAGUGCGCCCCUCUCCACUAUCAUCAACUGGGAGAGGGAAUUUGAGAUGUGGGCUCCAGAUUUCUACGUGCUGACUUACACGGGAGACAAAGACAGCCGGGCAGUCAUCAGGGAGAACGAGUUCACCUUUGAAGACAGUGCAGUGAAAACAGGACGCAAGGUGUUUCGCAUGAAGAAAGACACUCCUAUCAAGUUCCACGUGCUGCUGACAUCCUAUGAGCUGAUCACCAUAGACCAAGCCAUUCUGGGCUCCAUCACGUGGGCCUGCCUGGUGGUAGACGAGGCCCACAGACUGAAGAACAACCAAUCAAAGUUUUUCAGAAUUCUCAACGGGUAUAAGAUCUACUACAAGCUGUUGCUCACUGGGACUCCUCUUCAGAACAACUUGGAAGAGCUGUUCCACCUGCUUAACUUCCUCACCCCAGAGCGCUUCAAUAAUCUGGAAGGCUUCCUGGAAGAGUUUGCUGAUAUUUCUAAAGAGGACCAGAUCAAAAAGCUCCACGACCUGCUCGGCCCUCAUAUGCUCAGGAGGCUGAAGGCUGAUGUCUUCAAGAACAUGCCCGCAAAGACAGAGCUGAUUGUCAGAGUGGAGCUCAGCCCUAUGCAGAAGAAAUAUUACAAGUUUAUUUUGACGCGGAAUUUUGAGGCUUUGAACUCCAAAGGUGGAGGGAACCAAGUGUCCCUGCUCAACAUUAUGAUGGACCUGAAGAAGUGCUGCAACCAUCCCUACCUGUUCCCCGUGGCUGCUGUGGAAGCUCCUGUAUUACCCAACGGCUCGUAUGAUGGCAACCAACUGGUGAAAUCCUCAGGAAAACUGACGCUGCUUCAGAAAAUGCUGAAGAAACUCAAAGAUGAAGGACACAGAGUUCUCAUUUUCUCUCAGAUGACAAAGAUGUUGGAUCUGCUUGAAGAUUUUUUGGAGUUUGAGGGUUAUAAGUAUGAACGUAUCGAUGGAGGAAUUACUGGAGGCCUGAGGCAGGAGGCCAUUGACCGCUUCAAUGCGCCGGGCGCUCAGCAGUUUUGCUUCUUGCUUUCAACACGAGCUGGAGGUCUUGGCAUCAACCUCGCGAGUGCAGAUACUGUCAUAAUCUACGACUCUGACUGGAAUCCUCACAAUGACAUCCAAGCUUUUAGCAGAGCCCAUCGUAUAGGCCAAAAUAGGAAGGUGAUGAUCUACCGUUUUGUGACGCGAGGCUCAGUGGAGGAGCGAAUCACUCAGGUGGCAAAGAGGAAGAUGAUGCUGACCCACCUGGUGGUCCGGCCCGGGCUGGGCUCCAAAACCGGCUCCAUGUCCAAACAAGAACUGGACGAUAUCCUCAAGUUUGGCACUGAGGAGCUUUUUAAAGAUGAAAUGGAAGCAGCACGAGCCAUGGGUGACAACAAAGAAGGCGAGGAGGGCAACGUGAUUCACUAUGACGACGACGCAAUCUCGAAGCUGUUGGACCGCAGCCAGGACGCCACUGAAGACACAGAGAUUCAGAACAUGAACGAGUACCUGAGCUCCUUCAAGGUGGCUCAGUAUGUGGUGAAAGAAGAGGAUGGAGAGGAGGAGGUGGAGCGGGAGAUCAUCAAGCAGGAGGAGAAUGUGGAUCCAGACUACUGGGAAAAGCUCCUUCGCCACCACUACGAGCAGCAGCAGGAGGAUCUGGCCCGCAACCUCGGCAAAGGCAAACGCAUCCGAAAGCAGGUCAACUACAACGAUACGACCCAAGAGGACCAAGAGUGGCAGGAUGAUCUUUCAGACAAUCAGUCGGAGUACUCUGUGGGGUCCGAGGAUGAGGACGAAGAUUUCGAGGAGAGGCCUGAAGGUGGACGCAGACAGUCUCGUCGGCAGAUGAAGAAUGAGAAGGACAAACCUCUGCCCCCCUUACUGGCACGAGUUGGGGGUAGUAUUGAGGUUCUGGGGUUCAACGCUCGCCAGAGGAAAGCCUUCCUCAAUGCCAUCAUGCGCUGGGGCAUGCCCCCUCAGGAUGCUUUCAACUCCCAUUGGCUGGUUCGAGACCUGAGAGGGAAGAGUGAGCGUGAGUUCAGGGCCUACGUGUCUCUGUUCAUGAGACAUCUAUGUGAGCCAGGGGCAGACGGAGCAGAGACCUUUGCUGACGGGGUCCCACGGGAGGGACUGUCUCGUCAGCAUGUUCUCACCAGGAUCGGAGUCAUGUCCCUUGUCAGGAAAAAGGUGCAAGAGUUUGAGCAUGUAAACGGAAAGCUGAGUUCUCCGGAUCUGAUUCCCAUCGGCAUGGAGCUAAAGAAACUGACUGAGAGUUUAUCUUCUGAUCCCAACACCCCCGUGCCAGCCAGCCCUGUUGCUACGCAGCCUGGCACUCCCGUCCCCCCAGAGAAGAACGAGUCUCUCUUGGGUACCGCUGAAGACAAGGAGACCACAGAGCAAGAUAGCAAGAAACUGUCAGAGCAGGAAUCUUCCAGUGCAGAGCCAGCAUCUGUACCUGAGAAGGCAGCUGACAGCGAGGAGAGCAAGGCCAGCUCAGAGGAGAAAACCGGAGACGAGAGAGACAGAACCGAGUCACCCUCCAAAAAAGAGCCAUCUGUAAACCCAAAAGAGUCUGCUCUGAAGCUGUCAGAGCUAUCAUCCACUCAAACCUCACCUAAAAUGGAGCUCUGCAAAGAUACAGAAAAGUCCUCAGAAAAAGGAGAUACGGAUUCUCCUCUGGCAAAAACUGAAGACAAGGAAAAUAAGCCAGCUGUUGCAGAUGAUAUGAAGAAUGAAGACGCGUCGGAGGGCCGUUUGAAUGGAGACAAAGACAAUUUGGAGGACAUGGAGGAGAGCAGGAAAGAGGACAAAAAUGGAUACAAAGUCAAGUUCAUGUUUAAUAUCGCUGAUGGAGGUUUCACAGAGUUGCACACCCUCUGGCAAACUGAAGAGCGGGCGGCGCUGUCUUCUGGAAAGAUGCACGACAUCUGGCACCGUCGCCAUGACUACUGGCUUCUAGCUGGCAUCGUUACUCAUGGCUAUGCUCGUUGGCAGGACAUUCAGAAUGACCCACGCUACGCCAUUCUGAACGAGCCCUUCAAGACUGAGAUGCAUAAGGGCAACUACCUAGAGAUGAAGAACAAGUUCCUGGCUCGCCGCUUUAAGUUGUUGGAGCAGGCUCUGGUGAUUGAAGAGCAGUUGAGGCGGGCAGCCUACCUGAAUAUGACCCAGGACCCGAGUCACCCGGCCAUGGCUCUCAACACUCGCUUCACUGAGGUGGAAUGUCUGGCAGAGUCCCACCAGCACCUGUCCAAAGAGUCCCUGGCCGGGAACAAGCCUGCCAAUGCUGUGCUGCACAAAGUGCUGAACCAGCUGGAGGAACUUCUAAGUGAUAUGAAAGCGGAUGUGACGCGGCUGCCCAACAUGCUGUCCAGGAUACCGCCGGUGUCGGCCCGUCUGCAGAUGUCCGAGAGGAGCAUCCUGAGCCGCCUCACCAGCCGAGGGAGCGAGCCUCCACCACAGCAGCCUUUUAGCCAGGGUGGGUUCGGCUGCUCCCAGAUGUACAGCAGCAGCUUUGGUGGAGGAUUCAGAGGACCGGGUGGACAGCCCAUGGUCAACUACAGCCAGAUGCCUCUGGGACCCUACGUCAGCGCUUACGGACCGACGUCCUUAUUCAACUUUGACCUAUCUUACUUACCUUAGUUGCAUACACAAUGGGGGUUUGCAGUCAUUUUGGUGUCCUCGAAUGGCCCCCCACCCCCUACAAGCCAUCUGGACAAGAAGUCACUUGACUCCUUGAGAGACGUGGCCACGCCUGACCUCAAGUCGGGCAAACCUAGUGAUGUCAUCUGUAUUGAGGACUAGGCCGUCUCUGUUUAAAAAAGAAAAGGAAAAAAAAAAAAAACCUGACCUGAGGUCAGAAACUCGCAGGGAUGGAAUCUGUAUGGAUGACAGCUGCCCAUCUUUUCCGCCACAUCCUCCUCUUUCUCCUGCUCCUUCCUGACUUAAAAAUCUACAAAGUCCAGCUCUCUGAGGCGAUUCACUUUUGAUUUUUGUCGAUCAAUGCAGAUGUAUCUCUCUUUAACAAUUGCACUUUUUAUCUUUCAAGGAUCUUAUAGACGUAUUUCACUAGAUAUUUGCUUUUGUUAACCUGUGCUGCAGGGCCGAGGAGAACGAAGCGGCUUUUCUGAAAGAAGUUUUUAUUUUCAGCACUACAGGGCAAGCGAGUUGGCAUGACCGAGUUUGCGAUGCUCUUGUUUGGGGCCCGUUCUAAUCAUGGAAGGUGUGUUUUCGACUUCUAUCAUUCUGCAUUUUAACCCACCUGCCUAUUCACUCUGUACACUGUGACUGCGCCCCACUGGAACCUCUUCCCUGUGAAGAGGAGUAAAGGUGGAUAGGAGGUCGUUUUUUUCCUGAGGGGCCACUUCUGUUACUUUAAAAUGAGUAUGUGUUUUGUCAUUCAUGUAGUAACCAGUGGAUAAAGUAUUGAUUUGAAAGCAACUAUUAUCAUGUAUGCAGUAGCUGGACACAGUCUGUCUGAAUCCUCUAAAGACUGCCACCCACUGGUCAUUUGGAGAAAGUCAUCUCCGCAAAACCUGCGGACACACACGACUGCAGUACCAGUAACCUGUGAGGGUCGGCUUCUUGUACUGUACAUACUCAGAGACUGCUGUUUAUUUUACCUCACAUCGGUCUAAUCCUAGUGAAUAUGUAUACAUACACGGAUGAAAUCAGGAGCCUGUCUUGACGUUGUACAUGGAGAUCGAGCAGAGGAGAAAAAAGCUGCAGGAGUGGCAAAAAAUGAUUUUUUUAAACGCGUUUCAGAGAAGUAUUUAUGUGUACGGUACAAUAUUUGUGAUUCUUAUUAUAUUUGAAUGUCAGUAGUGGCUGUAGAGCUUAACCCUGGGGCCUUGGCCGGUGGGACUGCACUAUGAACAGGAACUCCUCUGGUUUACAUCCACACACAGGGCGGAAAUGUCCAGGCCUAACUGCGAACAGAGUCCUGAGUGGAGAGUGGCUUCACCCCUCACCCCCCACCCCCCCACCCCCACCCUUAUGUACUGUACAUCCCAGGGAAUCGCCCAGUUCCAUUUCAUUGUUAGAACUGAAUAAGAACAUAUGUGCUUAUGGCGCGGUGUCACUUUAAGUGUUUGUCGCCAAAAUAAGAUUUUGUUUGCUUCUCUUCAUGUUAAGGUGAAAUAAUAUGUAUUUGGUGCCAUUAAAUAAAAUGAUGCAGUAUGAUUCAAUGUAUUUCCUCCACACAGGUGAAGACCAAUUGGUUGUGUCACAGACUAAACCUACAUUGGCUGGAAUAUUCUCUAUUUGUCAGCUUCUAAGGCGCAGCAUUCCUCUAUAGGUAAAGUCUUCGGUUAUUUCGGGCUCUUCUGAGAGCGCUACAAUUGCUUAACCUGGUGUCAUGGCACAUUAGCGCGGUCCAGCUACAUAUCUUGUCCAUCCCAUGUACUACUGCUAUGUGCUAACGUUGCUGUCCACUAAGACAAACACUCUUUUAUAAAUUCAAGCUCACUACAAUUCCUUUUCUAUGAAGGCAUUUGCUCGAAUGUUUGGACUCAAAGUGCAAACUUUCUUUUUGUGUCCAAAGACCAGUGGCAUUAUUGUUAUUGUUGUGUGUUAUUAUCGCCAAUGACAGCACUUCUGUGACUUUGUUGGGAUGAUGAGUGUGAUUGGACUGAUCUAAAAGAAGAAGAAGUGUUGGUGAGUGUAUUUUCUGAUUCUCCUUUUGCAUCUUCAACUUCAAAUUUCAAAAAUGUCCGGAGGUGCCCUCUUCCGACCCCUUGUCACACACUUCAGAGUGCGUUACUGCACCCCCUCGCCCAUCAUCAUUUCUCACACAACAUACUAUAACUCAAAAAUUCAGUUUCAACCCAUUAAUGGACGGAUUUUUGAAGAAACAGGAAAUGAACCUUGAAGUGUGUUUGUGCUACUCUUUGCUAAAGUUUAUGAGUGCUGUUUUUGUUAAUUGUGUUUCUGUCCAUGCCAUCCAUUACUUGACCAUGACAUGUGUUAGGUUGUUUGACAGAUAGAACCUCAGAAACAUGUAAAUACUUGAAAGAGUUUUCAGAGAUCAGUCCAUCUCAUACAGAUUUAUGUAUCAAACUGGAUAAGAAAAGAUGAAUGUCUGCUGGGUGGUGUUGCCAUAGAACUGCAGAGUAUGUGCUCAUCAAUCAUGCCCCCACCCCCCACCCCCCCCCAUGGAGUGAUGGCGGCGCAACAACGUCGAAAACACAAUGCUCCAAUGAAAUGCAAUCAAACUGAAGUCAGUCAUGAAUGUAAUGUCUGUUAGAAAAAAAAGGCUUCAGUCUAAUACUAUAAAUAUGUUAACAAUGUAUGUACAUGCUUAUUAAUAUGGCUUCAAAAGCUACCAAAAGACCCUGAUAAAAGGCACCUUUGUUGCAGUGAAUGCACAGCAUGUGAAGCGUCGUGGCGGUUCACUUCGGGGAGGCGGUGGUGUAUCUAGCAUUUACAGACGAGAUGAGCUCCGAGCAGUGUUACGGUUCUGAUAUUUGUGCUGUAUAGCAAAUUGAAUG